GUGUCUCUGGAUCAUCCACAACUCCACAGCAUUGUAAAGAGCCUCUUCUCCGGAAAGCUCUUGCUCAAUCUUUCGGUUUCUUCCUUGUGCACCGCAAGAGUACACCUGACUCAGGUUCCAAUUUCAGCCAUCUCCUGUCAUAACUUUUCACUUCUGUUUAGAAAAACACUGGCAAGAAAAAAAAAUGAUAAAAUUUUUUCUAAUGGUAAAUAAACAAGGGCAGACCCGCCUUUCUAAGUACUAUGAACAUAUAGAGAUUAAUAAGAGGACCCUUCUGGAAACAGAAGUCAUCAAGAGCUGUCUGUCUCGGUCCAGUGAACAGUGCUCUUUCAUUGAAUAUAAGGACUUUAAGCUGAUCUACCGGCAGUAUGCAGCUCUGUUCAUUGUGGUUGGAGUGAAUGACAUUGAGAAUGAGAUGGCUAUUUAUGAAUUCAUCCACAAUUUUGUGGAAGUUUUAGAUGAAUAUUUCAGCCGAGUGAGUGAACUCGAUAUAAUGUUUAAUCUGGAUAAAGUACACAUCAUUUUGGAUGAGAUGGUGUUAAAUGGCUGCAUUGUGGAAACCAAUCGGGCAAGAAUACUUGCCCCUCUACUAAUCCUUGAUAAGAUGUCAGAAAGCUGAAUAGAAGGGUCUGCCAGACAGCAUUGGAUUUAUAGGAAAUGUGACCACCAUGGAAUUCACCUCAACAUAUGUAUCCCAAAAGAAUCUGGAAGACCACACAUGGCAAAAUGCAGUAACCUUUCAAUUAUUACACCAAAUAAAAUUGCAUUUUAAAGUAUGAGCAAAGAAAUAGUUUCAACUAAGAGCCAAAUUUUAUUUUCUAAUUGUCAACAUAUUUUUCCCUUACCUAUGUUUUAUUGCAAAUUUAAGGAAUCUUUUUUGCCACUGCUUUUUGCAAAUUAAAUUCAGGAAUAACAGGAUAGGAAGAAUGUGUGGCAGUUAUCAGACAAAAAAUUUUAAGUUUACUGAAAUAUACAUGAUGUUUUGAGUAAGCCUGUCUUCUGAGUGGUCUUUGGUUAAAAUGUCUUAGUAAGCUGGGCACAGGUGGCUCAUGCCUGUAAUCCUUGCUACUGAUGUGGAUGAAAUCUCAUG